CAGGCAUCCUGAAAUGAAUGGAUUUUAAAGGAUUAAUAGAGACAUAGCAGAGAGACACACACCGGCUGAUCAACAAGAAAAGAUACAUUUAAGGAAGAGAUCCAGAUGUCCUCUGACAGAUCCUGGAGAUGCUGUCUGAUAUGGAGAAGGCUGUGCAGGUGCUGCUGCUUUGGAAGCACAGAGGAGCCCUCCCCAGUGCCCAAGGACAUGUCAGGAAAUGUGAGGAUGUUCCGCCACCCUUCUCAGGCCCGAUAUUUUCAUUCAUGGUAUAGUGAGUGUUAUGAUGAAUCACCAUACAGUGGUUUUGAGACAUGGGAUGAGGACAUCGAGCUUUGUUCUCCCUCAGGUUAUAAAAAAGUGAUAACAGGAGAGCCAAGAGCACACAUCCCUGCUGCUUUACUUCUGUCUUGGGAGGGAGCUGUUUCCAAGGCCUCAGGCAGCAGUGGAUCGGGAAACCAGGAAUCUGCACAGAUACUAGAAUCAGAAGAUACUUUCUUGGAAGAGGAGGCACUAGUGCCCCUCCAAGCUCCUAAACUUUUUUCUGGGGUUGAACCAGCUUUUCAUAAUUAGUUUCUCGGACCUGAAGGAAACGUGGAUAUUGAGUUGAUUGAUAAGAGUGCAAGCAAAUACAGCGUCCACUUCCCCAUGGCUGGCUUCUAUCUGUGGCCAGCAACGCAACUUGGAUUCUUGGUAACAGCAGCAGUGACCGUGAGGAUAGCGUUUGAUUCUUGGAGUCUACACAUGAAGUUACAGCAGGAGGAGCAGUGGAUGGUGGCAGGCCCACUGUUUGAUAUCUCCGUGGAGCCCGAGGGGGUCAUUGCUGAAAUCCACGUCCCUCACAUCAUCGCCCUGCCAGCAAAUGAGGUCGAUAUGUCUUGGUUCCACGUUGCCCAUUUGAAGGAUGAAGGGAUGAUCCUAGAGGCACCAGCCCGAGUGGAGCCUUUCUAUGCCGUCCUGGAAAACCCCAGCUUCUCUCUGAUGGGGAUCCUGCUGAGAUUGGCUAGUGGGACUGGUGUUUCAGUCCCCAUCACUUCCACAGCACUGCUCUAUUAUCACCUUCACCCCAAAGAUACUAAAUUUCACCUGUACCUUAUCCCCAGUGACUCCUUGCUAACGAAGGCAAUAGAUGAAGAAGAAACUAAGUUUCAUGGUGUGCCUCCGCAGACCUCACCCCCCGUGGACCCCCUGUAUUUUGCUUCCCGUUAUAUUGUGUCCAGUUCAGCUCACCUGGAAAUAAUACCUGAGGAGCUGAAAUUAUCCUACAGGAGUCCUGGAGAAAUCCAGGUGUUCUCUAAAGUCUAUGCUGGGAAGAUAGAGGAAACGAUUGAGCUUGAAGUUACUGAGAAAAGACACAAGACUUUGGUCUGGCAUACUUUGGUGAAGCCAGUGGACCUCCAGUUUCCUGCUCCUUCAUCCCCUUAUCCCCCUUCAGUUGAGAUCUUUAUGAAGGAGCACCGCCGGCACCUGCAGGCCAGGCUGGGGGACCUGAACGGAGUACUAGAUGAUCUUCAGGACAGUGAGGUCUUCACCGAGGAAGAGAAGGAGCUGGUGCAGCAGUUUCCAACACAGCAGAGGAAGAAUGAGGCCCUCCUGAGGAUGGUGGAGAAGAAAGGACCCCAGGCCCUGGAGAUACUCUUCAGAAGCCUUCAGCAAAGAGAUCCUUACCUGAUGUCCUACCUCAGCCAGCAGAGUUUACAACAGUGACUCAGGCCAAUACUCAGGAAGAGACAAUCCCGUGUUCUGCACUGAAAAUGGAUAAACAGGGGUGCUCGGGUGGCUCAGUUGUUUAAGCAUCUGACUCUUGAU